AAGCGAAACAAAAUGUUUCAGCGCUGCACUCACUGUGGAUUUAGGGGAGAUAUUAUGAGGCUGUUGUCAUUAGGGCGAUUGCUGUUGAAUCACUGAAUCCUGACUCGGCGGCGGCGCGGGGCCGGGUGCGUGUGAGUGCGCGUGUGUGUGCGUGUGUGUGCGCGCGUGAGCGAGCGCGUGUGCGUGCUAGUGAGUGUGAGCGCCUGUGUGUGUGUGUGCGAGUCCCCGUGCCUCUAUGUGGCUGUGUGUGCGUGUGCGGUUGUGGAUGCGUGCGCUGUGCGUGUGCCCUUUCCUCCCUUCUUCCUCCCUUUCUUUCUUUUCUCCUUGAUUCGUCUCCCCCUCUCCCCGGUCAUCCCAUGGUGUUCAGGUCCCCGCUAGAGCUUUAUCCCACCCAUUUCUUCUUGCCAAACUUCGCCGCCGACCCGCACCACCGCUCCCUCCUUCUUGCCAGCGGCGGCGGCGGCAGCGGCAGCGGCUCGGGCUGCAGCCCCGGUGCCGGCGGCGGUGGAGGCGGCAGCUCUCGGGCACCCCACGAAGAGUUGUCAAUGUUUCAGCUGCCCACACUCAACUUCUCCCCGGAGCAAGUGGCCAGCGUCUGCGAGACGCUGGAGGAGACUGGAGACAUAGAAAGGCUGGGGAGGUUCCUCUGGUCGCUGCCGGUGGCGCCGGGGGCAUGCGAGGCCAUCAACAAGCACGAGUCCAUCCUCCGCGCCCGGGCGGUGGUGGCCUUCCACACGGGCAACUUCCGAGACCUCUACCACAUCCUGGAGAACCACAAAUUCACCAAGGAGUCCCACGGCAAGUUACAGGCCAUGUGGCUCGAAGCGCACUACCAGGAGGCCGAGAAGCUAAGGGGUCGCCCGCUGGGGCCGGUUGAUAAAUACAGGGUGAGGAAGAAGUUUCCGCUGCCCAGGACCAUUUGGGAUGGCGAGCAGAAGACGCACUGCUUCAAGGAGAGGACUCGCAGCCUCCUGAGGGAGUGGUACCUGCAGGACCCUUACCCCAACCCCAGCAAGAAAAGGGAACUGGCUCAGGCCACGGGGCUCACCCCCACGCAAGUAGGCAACUGGUUCAAAAACCGAAGGCAAAGAGACAGAGCGGCGGCUGCUAAAAACAGGCUCCAGCACCAGGCGAUAGGACAGAGCGGCAUGCGGUCGCUGGCAGAGCCCGGCUGCCCGACCCACAGUUCGGCCGAGUCUCCGUCCACGGCUGCCAGCCCGACCACCAGCGUCUCCAGCCUGACAGAAAGAGCCGAGACGGGCACCUCCAUCCUCUCGGUAACCUCCAGCGACUCGGAAUGUGAUGUAUGAUAUCGGAAAACAAACAAACAAACAAACAAACAAAAAAAAUCCAAAUCCAAACAGCCAAGCACCCUCUCCCCGGCCCGAGCAAAACAAACCGAGACAACCCAGGAUGAGGACACACACCCGCAUGCACGCACACACACAGCCGGGAGGAAAGCAAAGGCCAAACCCGACCCAAACAUAAUAGCAAACAAACAGACAGGGCUCAGAGAAUCCACCACCACCACCGGCAGCCAACACCACCACCAAGAGAUGGAGCUAAAACUUCAACAGUCACAAACGCUGGUGCGGCAGCGGGGGGGGGGGGGGGGGGGGCGGGAAAGAUAAUUAUUAUAUAUAGAAAAAGAAAAAAAAAAAGGAAAAAAAAAAGCAAAGCAAAAGUGACAAUUGUAUUCUUUUUAGGACAAGCACGAUUUCUCCUUUGCGCUUUUCCAUGGACGCAUUUCACCCACUUGCAUGAUGAUGAUGAUUAAAUUUGUAUCUGGGAAAAAAUAUUCUCUAUAGUCAAGGAAAACAAACAGAAACCAGACAAACAAACGCAAACUCCGAUCGAAUUUGUACAAAAAUAAAAAAUGAAAAAAAAAAUUAAAAAGGAACUCCUUGAAGAGGGAAAUAACAGAUGUUUAUCGCCUUUUUGUUGGUCCUAUUUCUCUCUUUCUCUCUCCCUCUCCCUUUCUCUCUGUUUGUUAUUUUCUUUUUUUUUUUUCAAGUCCAAGUGAUGGUCCAGCCAAGAUGCAAUUCUCUGGUUUUUUUUGUUCAGCAGACAAUCAUUUUAUUCGUAAGCACCUUUUUUUCUACACUUCUGUCACUGCCUGUGUGGGUACUGGUUAUAAAUGUGGAAAAAGAAUAGUUAUGACUGUAACAGAUUUUUAUUUUUAUUUCAAAAUUUUAUAUGAAUUAUGUAUAUCUUAAUGAUGCGGUCAUUUUCCCAGUUUGUAAUAUAUGUGUAGAAAUGCUUGUAUAUGAUAUUUGCGCUCCUCUUUCUUUCCUCCUCCCCCCGCUCUGUCUAUCUCCCUCCCACCCUUUCUCCUUCUUUCCUUUUUAUUUUCCUUGACUCGGUGUUCCUUGCACAAACUUAGCUGUCAAGAGCUGACGUGCUAGGUUUUCAAAAGGGACCUCAGCGAUAGAAAAAAAAAAAAAAAAAGAAAAAAAAGAAAAAGAAAAGAAAAAAAAAAAGCUUAGGGUGCAACCGUAGUUAUCUUAUGCAAAAGCUAUUUUGAGUAUUUCAUAGCAGCUUUGGGGGGUCUCUUCUUAAACUCCACGUAGGACGCUUCAACUAUUGUUUCCUUAACUGCGUGUUUAUCUAUAUGUACAAACUUUCUAAAUCAAAUACAGUAUUCCAUUUUCUUAUCUA